UUAUCCUCUACGAAUCUGCCUUCAAAUUAAUUGAUUGUUCUCAUCAUUCACGCUAAAAUUGAUCUACUUGAUUGUUCUAUUCAACAAUAUGUACGCUAAAUUCGUCAUCAUGGUGAUAAUGUUUCUGUUUCUUCUGAAAAAGGUUACAUAAAUCUAGACAAGUGUUGACUCAUUCUGAUCUGUAACUACAAUUACAAAGACUCUCUGUCCUUCACAGACAGCGGUUCCAAACCCAACACCAUUCACCUGCUUCCAUUCCAUUUCCUCUUUCUUUCUCCCACAUCUCUCAUUUCUUCAGAUCCACCACCCUCUUUGCAGAAAAAAGUUUGUGUUUAGGUAUCAGUAUGCGUGGCAUUGAUGAUUGAUCUUUGGCUGUUCUGUUUGCUAUCAGACUUUGAUAUUUGGAAAUGUCUGAAGUGAAGAACAAAGUGGAUUUCAUCCAGUUGCUUGGACCUGACAUGUCAAUCAAGAUUCUCACCCAUUUGGAUGACCCUUGUGAUCUUAUUCGGGUUUCGGCUGUUUCCAGUUCUUGGCACCGAUUUGUUAUUGAACAAGGCCUCUGCAAGCAACUUUGCUUGAAAAUGUUUCCUGAAAUAUCUGGUGUUGCUCAUAUCGUUGAACUUGACAACAUUAUUGAACCACUAAUCAACACUCUUGGCAGUUAUGUAAAUUGGGAGUCUCUUAAGAGAAUUCAUAGAGUCUAUGCAUUCUUGGCUUCUGGUCUUACUCCUAUGAGGAAAAAUUGCAUCUCAAAAUCUAUUAGUGCAUCUAGCACUGAUAACUACCCAGAAGAAAGCAUUCUACAUACAUUGGAGCCUGGGGAUAGAACUCAAUAUAGAGCAUCAUACUGGUCAAGCAAAGGGGAAAGUCAUCCUUCUGUUCCUGAGACUUUAGUUUAUAAGCUUGCUUCAAAAUUAUGUCUUGUUACGGAAAUCUAUGUCCAUCCUUUCCAAGCAUAUUUUCAGCAUGGCUUCCCUAUAUACUCGGCUAAGGCUGUCCGAUUCAGAAUGGGCCAUCCGAGACACCCAAUGGAAUUAGAGAGUGCUGUGGAUAAAAUGGCUACUAAUGACGUCUUGGGCGAUAAUCAAUUUAUAUGGACAUAUACUUCACCUGAAUUUCCAAUGUUUCAAGAAAACCGCUUGCAAAAAUUCAAGCUACCUGAACCUGUUCUGUGCAUUGGAGGUGUACUGCUAGUUGAGCUGUUGGGUAGAGUUCAAAAACAAGAAAUGGAUGAAUUAUUCUACAUAUGCAUCUCCCAUGUUCAAGCCAUGGGACGAUCAAUUUCGCCAGAAUUUGACGUCAAAAUUCAUCAUCCGUCAGGGAAGUGUACCUUGAAAUACUGCCCUCAAAUAGAUUGUUAUGUGUCUUCUUCAACAUCAUCACAGAGAAGUGACUCAAGCAAUCCGUCGCGCUUGCGAACAAUAACCUCAAACAUAAUGCAGAGGGGUGUGAGACGUUGGGAGCAAUUUCUCUUGAGUGCGCUGCUUGGUACUGCUACUGAUCCUGUUGUAGUUGAUAAUGAUGAUCAAUGAAAAAUAAAUGUAAGUAAUUAAGUACCUCAAUUCUCAAAUGAAAGACAUUGGUCCAAAAAUCUGUAUAGCAUGGAAUAUGUUGAGCACAAUAAUAAGUAGGGGGCAGAGGCAAAGUUUCAUCUUUAUUUCUUUGUUACAUAAGUCUUGCCUUCUUGGCUAGUUGUUAAGGAUAGGUUGUACACAAAUUUUCUGGCGGCUUGAACUAAUAACGAAAUUUGUAUUGAUGAUAAGAAUGAUGAUGGAACACUUCUUCCACAUAUUCUAAUCAAUCAUGUGUUCCAA